AGCGCGCGAUGCGCCUCGACGUGGGAACCGCCGCUGCCACGGCACCCCCGACGACACCGGCGCCUGCCGGGCCGGCCGCGCCCCCCUGCCCCGGUCCCAGCAGCAGCAGCGGAGGCCGCGUCGGCUCCGGAGACGUCCAGAACAAGCCCUGGAAGAAGCUGAGGAACAUGGUGCAAUGGUCGCCCUGUGUGGUCUCUUUCCGCAAGCGCUACCCCUGGGUCCAGCUGGCAGGCCAUGCAGGCAACUUCAGGGCCGGGGAUUUUGGCCGCAUCCUGAAGAAGUACUGCCCCAGCGAGCAGCAAUGCAUGGAGCACCUGGUCUGUGACACGCUGCAGCCCUACGUCCCGGCUUAUUAUGGGGUGGUGGAGCGCGAUGGAGAGACCUACAUCCAGAUGGAGGACCUGCUGUCUGGCUUCAACGCGCCCUCCAUCAUGGACUGCAAGAUGGGAGUUAGGACGUACCUCGAGGAGGAGCUGGAGAAGGCAAGGCAGCAGCCCUGUCCGCGCAGAGACAUGUACGACAAGAUGGUGGCCGUGGACCCGGCGGCUCCCACGGCGGAAGAGCAUGCGCAGAGCGCCGUCCUGAAGCCCCGCUACAUGCAGUGGAGGGAGACCCUCAGCUCCACCACCACGCUCGGCUUCCGCAUCGAAGGCAUCAAGAAAGCAGACGGCACCUGCAACACCAGCUUCAAGAAGACCCGCCAGCCGGAGCAGGUGACACAGGCCUUCUGGGACUUUGUGGACGGAGACAGGAGAGUCCUGACCAGCUACCUGGAGCGGCUGCAGGAAGUCAGGCUGGCACUCGAACAGUCCGAGUUCUUCAAGACGCACGAGGUGGUGGGCAGCUCUCUUCUCUUUGUCCACGACCAGACGGGCCUGGCGCGGGUGUGGAUGAUCGACUUUGGCAAGACGGUGCCGCUGCCCGAGAAGCAGACUCUGACUCACCGCCUGCCCUGGCAGGAGGGCAACCGGGAGGAUGGAUACCUCUGGGGCCUGGACAACCUCAUCGCCAUCUUGGAGAGGAUGCUGGGGGAGUGAGCCAGGAAGAUGCAGCCGACACGUCGAGACGGGGGGCUGCCUUGUGCCCCCGGGACUCUGCCGUUUAAUUUAUUCAGCCAGAUAUGCUACUGCAACCAGGGGGAUACAAGGCCUGGGGUAGAACUGGAAGAGCCCCAGGGGGCCUUUUGGAAGGGGCCGGCUGGUUUUUGCACCGCAAAGUUUAUUUAUUGGCGUGACGGAUGUGGUGUAAACCACCACCCCCCCGCCCCGACUGCUGUCCUGCACGUGGUGGACAGUAAAGACUUCCGUGGGCCAAGACAGCUCACCAGAGGUGUUUGAACUGAGUUUGGGGGCGUGGGUUUAUUGGAGUGCCUGGUUUAGGGUCAAGACUUUGAACCACAGUGCUGGUUGUGCCUGUUUCCCAGAUGUCUGGAGAGACCAAGUUGGAGGCGGGGCUUGCAUCUGCUCCUCCUCCCCAAAAUAAGCUCCGCCCACACCUGAGCCACAGCCUGGGGGCAUUGGUCAAGCGAAAUACUUGUGUUUCUCUUCAGGGUUUGGGGAGUAUAGAGAAAGUUGUGUCUUCCCUCUGCUUUGACCGUUAACUUUCCUGGCGUCCAGAUAACUUAACUCUGCCAAGACAAACAGGAGCAGUUUGUUGCUUUUACAAUCUGUUGCACCAAAGCGGUUGGGGGAGAACACCUUCCCCAAUUGCUGCAGAAAUGGUAGAGUUCCACUGCCCCCCAAAUUGCCAGGCUGCCUAUUUUUUUGGGUGCUGAAUUUGGGUUAGUUUUAACAAGCAGAACCCAGAGGGUAGGAUCUCCCUGGGUGUGUUUGUGUGUGUAGUUUUUUUUAUAAUGGUGGUUGGGAGGGGACAGUGGCUGUCCUUCGUCCCGCUAGAGAAGGGAGCCGCUCCUCUGUAUUUGAAUGUAUGUGUUUCUGUAAAUUUUUGUACGCAAAAAAGUUUUUCUUUUUUUAAGGGACAUAAAUAACUACAAGCAA